UACAUUUUUACAUGUUGUUGGCGAAAUGAUGUUUCACAUUUUUAUUUUGUUACUCGCUGAAAUCCAUUCUACACGAGGACACGGAAGUCAUAACAUUCCUGUUUGCAGACAAGUUGAAGAACUUUACAGGAGCCUUUGCUCUGAGUCUCAAGAGUCCGACGUAUCAGAACAAUCAGUAAGUAUACAAGGUUCUCCUGGUAAAAGAGGUCCACCAGGAUUAAAAGGGGAUGUUGGAACACAAGGACCAGUUGGCCCACCAGGAAAUGUUGACUACGAAAAUAUUUCGACAGAAAUCGAUACCAAGUUCAGAGAAUUCCGAAAUGUGAAUGAACAAAUUAUUCAAAACUUGACGAAUAACAUCCAGCAAUUAACUAUGAAAAUCAACCUUAUGGAAACUGAGCUCGGAAAUCUUUUAGAACUGAGAUGAAGAUGCGAUAUUAGAUACGGCCACAGAUGCUUCUGGUUGGAAAAACGACAUCCCCAAUUCAACUACGAAAAAGCUGUACAGAUUUGUACCGGAAGAAAUGGGUAUCCUGCUAAUAUAUAUUCGAAAGAUCACAAUGA